AGAAUUCCAGGCCGAGGGGAAAGUCCGAGACAGCAGGGACAGGAGACACGCUGUCCCACAAAGCCACUUCGGCUGCUGGAAGACCACGUGACGAGGACGAGUGACGCGGACCAAGCCGGGAGCACGGGCCGGGGGGUUACGAGUGACGUGGGAAGCAAGAUGAGCCCCCCACCGCCCCAGUGAGAUAUCCUGUGAUUCCUUUAGGCAGUUGUUUAGUUUUUCGGGUGGGAGGUUGGGGGUGGACCUGUGAAUCAUGCAUAUUUAUUGGAAUGAAUCAGGAGGCAGCAAAGGCAGACGUUCCAUGAAAUGCAGUCUGACCUCCUUUAACCACUGACAGGGUUUGUUGGUGAGGGUCCUCUCCCCCCGCCCCCAGGUAUAAAGUCAGUGCUAGGAGUCCACCACAGUCUAUAAUCCUCUUCUCUGUGUAUGUCCUUCGUGGUGAAGGCUUCACGAACGGUUUUACUAUACAAACGUGUUUUCUUCAUUUUUAGGAAGUGCGCUGUCCCCUAGGAGGCGGCGUGGGGUGAGCCCGCGUGAGCGCUGUAGAGAAGCUGGGGUCCCUGGCCGGCAGCUUUCCGAGGGCUGGUCCGCCUGCUGCCCCCUUCCGCUCAUUCAUUGACUUAUUUCUUCUCUCGUCCCCCUUUCUCCUCGGCCUGUUUCCCAGACCCCCGGCCCUUGGGUGCCCGACUCGGUCACCGUGAGGAGCGGUGUGACAGGCGAGUGCCCGACACGUCCCCAGCACGGCUCUAACAGGGCCACACGCAGCUCACUGCGGCCCUGUCCCCGAAGGGCCGACAGCUCCGUGUCCCAGACGUGGAAACUUGGUGGGAACAGCCACCUUCCCCGGCACAGGACCAGAGGCCCUGGGGGGACGUCUGUCCGUCCCCCAGGGCCGCACCCUCAGCGCCGUCUUCCUCCUGUGCCUCCCACUCUACCCCCCAGUGCGGGGAGUGACGAGGAUUCUUUGGGAAAAGGUGGAGUGGAUCCCAAGCACCCAUGGGACACCUGCUGUGUGCUGGCGCCCCCGCGCGUCCCCCGGCAGAGAGCGCAGCACCCUGGUCGUCCUCGGCCUCCCGGGAAACAGCCCGGGGAGGGCCCGCCUGCUGCCCUGCUGCCGCUGCUCCGUCUCCCUUCCAGCUUCUCUCAGAGUGUGGGACUCGGACACGGGGGGCUGGGCUUGUGACCGGUGUCCCCAGGCCCCUGCUGUGAGAGUCCGGGCGUGUCCUCUGUCUCCACAGGGUGGUCGGCGGGUUGAUCGGGGUCCUGGGUGUGAGCACACAGGGCCCUCUGCUCCGGGAACCAGCCGCUGAGGGUCCAGCUCGGGGCCCCGUCCCUUCCUCUGUGCCCGGCCCCCGGCCUGGACUCACCUUGUCUGCUUUCUGGUACGUCCUCACGGUCCUGUCUCAGCUUUGCCGGAGAGAGCGGGGAGGGGUGGGCAGGUGGCCGACGCGCUCCAGGCCGUGUCUGCUGCCCCCUGGUCUGACCCAGCCCAUGAACGGAGUCACGGGGACAUUUCUAAGUGGUGGAACGAAACUCAAAGAAGAGGGCACGUCGGUGACCAGAGCGAGUCACCCGGACUCCAGAUCACUGGGAACAAGGACGGAGUUGUGUAGGAACUCAGCCCUGAGUCCCUUCCACAGGUCACAGCCACGCCUCCUCACCCACGCGUCACCUGCGGCUGCGUUCAAGCGCCUCUGCGGGGGAGCUGUGGCAGUCACCUCUGUUCUCAGCUGCGGAGCCCAGAACAGCCACCUCUGUGGCUCCUUCCGGAAGAGGUUUGCCCACCCCUGUUCUGAGGGAGAAGCAGACCAGCGAUUCCUGGACGUGUGUAAGUCCUUUGUCCAUUCCGACAUUUCUUUAUCCCACAAACACUCACCGAGCCCCCACUUCUUCCAUCAGGUAGGUCAAGGGGAGCGACCUGAUGGUCCCCCAGCGCUGGUGGCGGUGAGUCCAGGGCCCAGGGCAGAGGUGGGGACCAGAUCUGUGAUCCGUCAGCUCCGUGCCUCUCUGCUAAGGUGGCCCGUGGCGGCUGCUGGCCAGGAGGAAGCCCGUGGACGCACGUCUGGCCCGCCGGCCAGCGUCCCUGUGUCCUCUCCAUCGGGUCUCCGUCAGCGGCCCACGGGCUCCCACCCCACCCACACUCCCGACUCCUCCUCUCACACUGUGAAUUCAGCCGCAAACACCCAUUUCCUCUCCCCCAAGGUGGCAUUUCCUGUCGUCCCGCCCCCGACCCCAGUCCCUGCUGUCACAACUGUGGAAGCACCGGAGGAGGGCGGGGGACCGAGCAGGCUGGGGGUCCCUCCUGGCCUUUUCUUUGCAGGCUCCCCCUGGACAGGCAGGUGGUUUAGUCGUCUGUCUCACAGAGAAAGAGCGGGGCAGGUGGCCCCAGGGACACAGCCGGGCACCUGGGUCCAGAGCUCACCCUCUGCACCACGGGGAUGGCAGGCCGGGCCUUCCAGCAUAUUCCACGACAGGAAAGCAGCGCAGGGAGAAGUUCUGUGUGAUGGCCUUUGGGAAACUCCCUUGGGGACCGAGAUGAGUGGCAGUCAUUGCUGUCUGGCCCUCUGUCCCAUACCACAGACUGUUUUCUACCAAAGGGUGGAGGGUCCUGCCGGGCCCGCAGGGGUGACGGACAGGAGGAGCAGACAGACACCUGCGACCUGGGGAGGUUGGUCCUGGCCACGUUAGAAUGCCCCGACCGUCCAGAACGUCAGGGAUCGUGGGCCUGACAGCACCACCCAGCCUGGCGGGGCCGGCGUCUGUGGGAUGUUAGCCCUGGUCCAGGACAGAAGGGGUGGCCCGAGACGCGUGGGGACCUGAACAAAGGGAGGCGGGAUUCUCAACCCCAGACCUCUGCGACCCUUGGGGAGGGGCCGUGUGCACGGCAGUGACAGACGGGGGCGCUGGCCACGGGCCGGCUCACAGGACAGGUGCCAGGAACCAGGGUGAGGCCGCCCUCUCUGCCCGUCGGCUUACGGGGCCCCAGACGCUUGGGCGAGUGGAGCAGGGUCCGUGUCUCGGGAGGAUGGGGAGGGGUGACACGGGGAAAGGACGUGGAAGUCAGUCACCCACAAGGCACGGGAGUGUUUGGAGAGCCCGUCAGUCACGGGCAGCCGUGUCUCAGUCCAAGUCGGAGCCAGUGGGGAUCGCCGCCCCUGCCUCCCGGGCCGCGGCUUUUCUGUGUUUGAGUCUGUCCAGCCCUGUCCGUAUGGCCGCAAGACCAGGCGGGACUCAGAACACAGCGCGAGAGUCGUCCCGGACGACACAGCCUGGCGUGCAGACCGGCCGGUGCGGGUUUCUGGACCGUCUGCCUGGGGACCUGGGGCCUUUGCUGGUAGCUUCCAGGAAACAAGGUUCAGUGUUAGGGGCAGUUUCCCGUCCUACAAAAACUCCUCCAUUUGGUUUUAAAAUAGCAGAUGGUGGUGUUAUUUUUGACUCAGAAAUCUAUAGGAAAUCUAAAAUUGUGUGUGUGUUUCUUUUUCUUUUUGUGAAAAAUUUUCCAUGAUUUUCAGAGAUGAGAAAUGUGGUGUUUUUAUUGCUGCUGGCACGUAACAUGCGUGUUGUCUGCACGUGCAGGGGAGGGGCCUGACCCCCGCAGGGAAGCCCGUGCGGACGGGCUGAUGGGUCCCCAGCCUGGAAAACGGCACCCCGGGAUGGUCACCCCGGCCCACCCGCAGUUCUGCUCUGUGGCCAUCGCACAUCUCCUACACCUGAAGCUUCUUUCUUUGAUCAGCACCUUGGUACAGGCUUGUCCUUAAGACGGUGGAGCACCAGGGGCUGCACCCCCACCGCCUUUCAUGGAGAAAGUGGCUUGUUCUUCACACGUCAGGAAAAGAAAUACUCAGCAAAAAGUCUUGCAGUGUGAUUGAAGAGGUUAAAUACUGAAGAUUUAAAACCUGGCAAGAGAGUUCUUAAAACACACCCCCAGCCCUCCGCUGGGGAAAGGGUGCUCCUGCUUGAGGGGGAAAAGCCAGGGGUGCGGCCGGGGGCGGGGGGGGAGGCACUGAGGCUGAGGGUCCCCAAGCCGGGUCACAAAACCCUGCUCUCCACCCACUAGCCGUCUUUUACCUUUUAAAAAGAAUUUUGGUACAAUAAGCAUGACAAACUUCACAUGCAUUUGACCUUGUGGGCAUUGCACCCAAGUGGGAGCCUCAGAUGCUCGGCCUCCCACCGGGCGCGGCGAUUUCACGGCCCCCCGCGAGCAGCCCCCCGUGCCCAGCACCCCUCCUUCCGGCCCAGCGGCAGUGAGUCUCCUUUACCCGUCCAUCAACGCGCUUCGGUCCUGUCCACCUCUGGGCCACGGGGAUGACGCCGCUCCCUUCCCGUCCAAGUUAUUUUGUCGUUUGUAUUUUUUCAGGGGCAAAGGCUCUAGGGCGCACGCCUGGCCAGGGAAUGGCCGGGUUCUGCGGCCGCUCUGAGCUGGACUUCCUGAGAAAUGGCCCGGCCGGCUCUCUCUCCUCCGUGCUUUUCUAAGAACAUUGCCCACGAUGCGGAGGCUCCUGCGAGGCCAGACUCCGUGAGAACACCGCUGAACACACAUGCAGAGACACGCCAGGCCGAGCGUGCGAACUCGCCCGUGGGCCGGCACACACACGCACGCGCACACACACACACACACACACACACGCACACGCACCUUUACGGAGUUCAGGAUCUCUCGAGAGGACGGCUGUAAAAGUCUAAUAUUGUCACCGUCCAUGUCGGCGUCACACUUUUUCUGGGCCAGCGGGAGGCUCUGCGGUCCCUUUGGUGACUUGGGUAAACGUGGGUCAAUCCCUGGCCAAUCAGAGUUCGAGACGCAUCUUCCUUUUUAUGUUGACUUAAAUCUCACGGUGGUCCAGGGCAGGGUCAACGAGAAACAGAAUGAUUACAGGUGAUACCACAGAUAAUGCUUGGAAGUCCCCAACUCGGAACUGGCUGCUGAUGGUCCCCGUCCCAGCUUAAGGUCACCGUGACGAGGACUGGGGUUGUUGGACCGUCCGGGCCUGCGUGGGCAGCUCCCGGCCCUUGACUCCUGUCUGGGGCCAGGCCCCCGGAUCGGGGAAAUGCCGCCAAGGUCUGCUCUUGCCCAGGACUAAGACCCCAAAUACCUCACCGUCAGCACGGCACAGGCCACGGCACAGAGGACACGAGUGACGGGUGGCAGGUUCAGGAAGCCCCGGGGCCAGGCCAGCCCUGCCGUUGCUGGAACGUGGCGGGGGCCUCGGGUCUGGGCUGGGUCAGGCGGCCGCGGCCCCGGAAGGAUGUCAGGGUGGGGGGUUAAUAUCUUCCCUGUGGGCAUGACUGUGUCCACACCAGGUGUCCCUUACUAAAAACUGUGGGGACACCCCACCCCUCUGUCAGCAGGAUCACGAUCCUGCCGUCUCCUCCUGUCUCACCACAGGAAGUUGUCACCAGCUCAGCUUCUGACCGGGAAGAGAUGACCAUUCCACCCGGUGACGAAAGUAUCACAUGCCCAUUGUAGAAAACGUGGAAAAUACAGAAGAAACAAAAAACCGCCCAGCGCCGCACCUCCCAGGGACGACCGCUGUCCACACGCACCGUCUCCCCAGCGUGUGGGGCUGUUUUUUCUAAUAAAAUGGAAGAUACUCU